ACAUGGCAGCAGUGAAAGCAUGCAAUAUCUUGAGCACCGGAGCCAACCAGGGCUUGUGCUUAGAAACUAUUAAACAACUCUUGAAGGAUUCCAGUCAAAAAUGGCAUAUUUUUGCUUUCUGUCAUGAUCCAGAUGGACCGAAGUCUGGGGCUUUGAGAGAACUGGCGAAAAAGCAUCCAAGUGUGAUCACCAUCAUACGUCUUGAUGCUGACGAUCCAUGCAGUAUCAAAGAGUCUGCCAAGAAAGUGGGAUCUCUUCUGGGAAACAGUGGUUUGAACCUGCUAGUGAAUAAUGCUGGAAAAAUGGGAAGUGGUAACAUUCAGACCAGCAGUGUUGAAGACAUGAAAAACAACUUCAACACCAACAUGAUAGGACCCUUUUAG